GGAUGUGACGUUUGUGUUGUUGCUGCCAGAGAUUGAUCGGUACCGGACUGUAACAAGAUGGGUGUCCCCAAGUUCUAUCGCUGGAUCUCCGAGCGGUACCCGUGCCUCAGCGAGGUGGUCAAAGAGCAUCAGAUCCCAGAGUUCGACAAUCUGUACUUGGACAUGAAUGGCAUCAUUCAUCAAUGCUCUCACCCGAACGACGAGGAUGUGCACUUUCGAAUUACAGAAGACAAGAUAUUUUCAGAUAUAUUUCACUACCUGGAAGUUCUGUUCCGCAUUAUCAAGCCAAGGAAGGUUUUCUUCAUGGCUGUGGAUGGUGUUGCUCCCAGGGCAAAAAUGAACCAGCAGCGGGGAAGACGAUUUAGAUCAGCAAAAGAGGCAGAAGAAAAAAUAAAGAAGGCAGUAGAAAAAGGGGAAGUUUUGCCAACAGAAGCAAGGUUUGACUCCAAUUGUAUUACUCCUGGAACUGAAUUUAUGGCUCGCUUACAUGAGCAUCUGAAGUAUUUUGUAAAUAUGAAGAUUUCCACAGACAAGACAUGGGAGGGUGUAACUGUCUACUUGUCUGGUCAUGAGACUCCAGGAGAAGGCGAACAUAAAAUUAUGGAGUUUAUACGUUCUGAGAAAACAAAACCAGAUCACGAUCCAAAUACAAGGCAUUGCCUUUAUGGAUUAGAUGCAGAUUUGAUAAUGCUUGGUUUAACAAGCCAUGAAGUUCACUUUUCUCUUCUAAGAGAAGAGGUUCGCUUUGGUGGGAAGAAGAAUCAAAAAAGAAUUUCUGCACCAGAGGAAACUACAUUUCACCUCCUUCACUUGUCUCUAAUGAGAGAAUAUGUUGGUUAUGAGUUUUCAUCCGUGAAGGACAAGAUCUCCUUUGAAUAUGACGUUGAAAGGAUAAUUGAUGACUGGAUUUUAAUGGGAUUUCUUGUGGGCAAUGAUUUUAUUCCUCAUCUACCUCAUUUGCAUAUUAACCACGAUGCACUGCCUCUAUUGUACAGAACAUAUAUUAGUGUCUUACCAGAAAUUGGAGGUUGUCGAUGACUCUCUCUGCUUAAUUGCAUUAGAAAACAAUGGAGAAGAUGAUUCUAAAUGUUUAGACGAAGAUGCAGAAGAUGAAGAUUUAUUUGAGACUGAGUUUCGACAGUACAAAAGAACUUAUUACAUGACAAAAAUGGGAGUGGAGGUUGUGUCAGAUGAGUUUCUGGCCGACCAAGCUGAAUGUUAUGUCCAGGCUAUACAGUGGAUUUUGCACUAUUACUACCAUGGGGUCCAAUCCUGGAGCUGGUAUUACCCCUACCAUUAUGCACCAUACUUAUCUGAUAUUCAGAAUAUCAGUCACUUGAAACUGAAGUUUGAUUUUGCAAAACCUUUCAUGCCAUUUGAACAGCUACUCGCUGUCUUACCUGCUGCUAGUAAAGAUUUGCUGCCUCAGGCCUAUCAGAGCCUAAUGAUUGGUGAAGACUCUCCCAUAAUAGAUUACUAUCCCCAAGAUUUUAAAACUGACCUCAAUGGAAAACAACAGGAGUGGGAAGCGGUGGUAUUGAUUCCAUUUAUUGAUGAGACUCGCCUGCUAGAAGCCAUGGAGGCCUGUAAUAAGCAGCUGACUGAGGAAGAGAAGAAUCGCAAUAGACACAGCGAAUGCUUCAUGUACUGGUUUGAAAAGCAAGAUGGCUUCAAAUACAGCUCUCCCUGGCCAGAGAAAUUUCAGAGCAUCGAGUGCUGCCGGGCAAGGAGUAAGAGUAUUUCACUGGAUGCAUGGCACGUGGAUAUGGUUGAUAACAAAAUCACGAACGUGAACAAAAGCGCACUGUAUUUUUGUGGCUUCCCAACUCUAAAGCACAUCAAACACACGUUCUCUCUGAAAAAAACAGGAGUGCAGGUUUUCCAGCAGUCUAGUAGAGGAGAAAAUAUGAUAUUGGAGAUAGUGGUUGAUGAAGACUCUAAUAAUAUUAACGUGGAAUCUGUGGCUUCAGCAGUUCUUGGGAAAUCUGUAUUUGUCAACUGGCCCCACCUUGAAGAAGCACGCGUUGUUGCAGUGUCGGAUGGAGAUGUGAAAUUUUAUUUGGAAGAACCUCCUGGAAUUCAGAAGCUUUACACUGGUGAAGCUGUACCACCUACAAAAUUAGUUUACCAUUCUGACAAGGAAAGGAACAUCUGGGUGAAGGAACUACAAGGAAUCUCAGAACAUUACCAAAGAAGAAAAGGAGUUAUCAUCAAUGACACAUUUGUGCUGCUGUAUGCUCAACUGCUUACUGGUCGUCGUUAUCAGUUGACACAAAAUGGAGAGGUUUACCUGGAGAAGCAGUGGUCCAAGCAGGUACUCCCCUUUGUAUACCAGGCAGUUGUCAAGGACAUAACUGCCUUUGAAUCUGGUUUCUCCCAUUUUAAGACACUUGGGGAGCUGUACUCACCUGGGAUUACAGUCUUCAUGCUCGGCAUACCCUACUAUGGGUCAAUGGGAGAGGUUCAAGACUCUUCUGAUGUUCUCAGUGAGAACAGAGUUCGUGUUCUAUUUAACAUUCCCUGUGAACCGCAGCUAGAUGCCUUAAUACAGAACCAGCAUAAAUUUUCUGUAAAAUAUAACCCUGGAUACGUUUUGGCAAGUCGUCUUGGAGUGAAUGGAUACCUUGUUUCCAGGUUUUCAGGAAGCAUUUUUAUUGGCAGAGGCUCCAAACGAAAUCCACAUGGAGAGCAAAAAGCAAAUGUAGGCUUGAGUUUAAAAUUUGUUAAAAAGAAUGAAGAAGUUCCAGGCUAUACCAAGAAAGUUGGGACUGAAUGGACCUAUUCCUCUGCUGUGGAACAGCUUCUGGGUGAAUAUAUAGAGAGGUACCCUGAAUUGUUUACAUACGUUUCAAAAAACAGCCACGAUGAUGUAUUCUAUGAGGAUGAUAUCUGGUCAGGAGAGGAUGAAAAUGGCGCAGAGAAAGUUCAGGAGAUUGUCUCCUGGCUAAAGGCUCAUCCUGUCAGCCUGCUAUCCCGGUCAUCGUGUGAUUUACAAAUUCUGGAUUCUGCAAUUGUGGAGAAAAUUGAAGAGGAGGUUGCAAAUUGUAAGACCAGGAAGGGCAAUAAAAAGGUUCGAGUGACUGUGAAACCACAUUUAUUGUUUCGGUCACUUGAACAGCAGCAUGGGGUUGUUCCAGACAGAGAUGCUGAGUUUCGACUUUUUGACCGCGUUGUCAAUGUGCGGGAAAGCUUUUCUGUUCCAGUGGGACUUAGGGGCACUGUUAUUGGCAUUAAAGGAGCCGAAAGAGAUUCAGAUGUCCUGCUUGAAGUAUUAUUUGAUGAAGAAUUUCCUGGAGGCCUCAUUAUAAGAUGUUCCCAGUCUAAAGGUUAUCGUAUGCCAACCAGUGCCUUAAUUAAUCUUUCUCAUGGUGUUCGCACAGAAAAUGGAGGGCAGAAGGUAACUUCUGUAGUAAAACCCCAAUCGUCCACUAAUCACCAUACUUCUUAUUCCCCUGAAUUAUAUGCUGGAGGAUCACAAAAAGGACAUCUGGGUGCCCUCAACCAUUCUCCUCGUUCCCUCUUUGUUCCCACGCGGGUAAGAUCAUUGAUGACUAGAUGGGUGACUGCUGUUUUUUUUCUGAAAAUGCUAGUUGCCUGUCUGUGCUGCUGUUCCUCUGACUUUAGUUCCUUCUGAGUUACUGAGCUGGAAAAAG